AUUUUCAUGGCUCUCAGCUCCCAAAACUCUCCACUCCUGCAGUCUGCUUUUCUCAACUCUUCGCCCAUUCAUCACCAGAAGAGCAGCAGCUAUCCAGAGGGAGCGCCGUGGGCAGCCGCAUUGGCAGCAGCAGCACUGGUGGCAGCAGCAGCAGCAGCAGCAGUGGAGGAGUGAGACAUAGCCAAGUGCCGAGCCAACAGAGAUGGGCAGCAACGGUGCCAGUGGUGGCACCGUCACUCAAUUGCAACGUCAAUGGCAGCUGCAGUGGCGGCUGCAGCAGAAAAGGAGGGGAUGAUGGCCAGGCCAGCACACAAGGAGUUGUGAGUCCAUCAGACCAACCAGUUGACCAACCAGUUGACCAACCAGUUGACCAACCAGUUGUGUGCUCCAGUACACCUGGAGCAGCACGCCUGAGGUGGAGGCGUGGCGCAGGAGUGGGAGAGCAGCGAAGGGAGCACGGGAGUGGACGGGGGGUGACAAGCUUGCGGGCUCCGUUCCUGCGCGAGACACAGCAGCGGCGUUGGAGAAUGCAGCAGCACUGCAGACGACGAGCAACCUGGAGCAGCACGCCUGGAGCCUGGAGCCUGGAGCACGGGCCGCAGCAGUGUGCUGCUUGGGGUGACGAAGGAGCCGCAGGUUCUGCCAAGGAGGAGGAAGCACUUAGCUGGAAUGUGGGGAAGCAGUGGCACCAACAGCACUGCUGCUUAUUCUGCGUG